GUCAUCUUCUACCUUAGAAGUGGCCUAUAUUGGCACUCAGCACCCUCAGCACAAGGCUUCGGUGCUGAUGUCUCUGGCAGUAGGCAAGGCUGUCCUGUGUGAGAAGCCCAUGGGUAUGAACGCUCCAGAAGUUCGCAAGAUGGUCUCAGAGGCCCAAACCCAAGGUCUCUUCCUUAUGGAGGCACUCACAGGCUUCAGCCAUCGGAAACCUCUUGCCCAGAUGCACACUGCUUUGGUUUCUGAGCCUUUGCACUUGCUGUUCUUCUGCGUGGGGGAGACUCAAACUCUGCCGAAAAUUUAAAAGUUGGGAAUCAAGGGACCGGGGAUUUAGCUCAGUGGUUCUGCUGCCUACCUCUCAAGCCCAAGGUCCCGAGUUCGACCCCUGGUACCAAAAACAACAAAAAAAAGUUGGGAAUCAAUAAGUGUACGGAUGGAUGGAUUGAUGGAUGGGACGGCUGCGAUUUGAAAAGGUGGCGGACGGAUCGGUACCACGGCCAGCUCUUCGAGGGCGGUGCCAAGUCUGGUCACGUGACAGUGCCUCCGCCCAGGAGUGGCAGGGCCCACCAGCUCUGAGCACAUCAUGAAGACAGGGGCCCUUUUGCUUCAGGGUUUCAUCCAGGAUCGAGCAGGGCACAUGGGCGGGGAUACCCUGGAGCUGGCCAUGGAGCAGGUGCCCCAGGACCCGUCCACCAAGAAGCUGAGCGAGUGUCUCAAGCGGAUUGGGGACGAACUGGACAGCAACAUGGAGCUGCAGAGGAUGAUUGCGGCCGUGGACACAGACUCCCCCCGAGAGGUCUUUUUCCGAGUGGCAGCUGACAUGUUUGCUGAUGGCAACUUCAACUGGGGCCGGGUUGUCGCCCUUUUCUAUUUUGCCAGCAAACUGGUGCUCAAGGCGCUGUGUACCAAGGUGCCGGAGCUGAUCAGGACCAUCAUGGGCUGGACACUGGACUUCCUCCGCGAGCGGCUGCUGGGCUGGAUCCAGGACCAGGGGGGUUGGCUCCUGGGCCCUCCCAUCCCCACGUGGCCCGCUGAGCAGCUGAGGUGGUGUCUCUGCCCCCAGGAUGGCCUCCUCUCCUACUUCGGAACCCCGACCUGGCAGACGGUGACCAUCUUCGUGGCUGGCGUGCUCACUGCCUCACUCACCAUCUGGAAGAACUUGGGCUGAGGCCGAGACCGCCGUGGACUGUCUUUUCUGGAUAAAUUAUGGCAUUUUGGUGGGAGGGAUGGGACUGGGGACUGGGCAUUUUUCUUACUUUUGUAAUUAUUGGGAAGGGAGGGAAGUGUGGCCUGCGGGGGGGCUGGGGCAAUAAACCUUCCUGAGCCACA